AGCGUGAAACAAAGCAGACUCAUCGGAAUUGGACUUGGGAGAAGAGGCGCGGAGAGGCAGAAAACUUGUUGGAGGGGAGUAAAGAGCCGCUGCCUCUCCUCCUCCACUGCGCCGCGCUUACGGGGUUCCCACCGGCCUUGCGAUUUAUUUUUAUAUCUGUUUUUUUUUUUAUAUAGAGAAGUAUAUAUAUAUAUAUUUUUCUUCUAAAGAGAAAAUUCCUGUUCCAAGAGAAAAUAAGGCAACAUCAAUGAAGGAGAGAAGAGCCAGCCAGAAAUUAUCCAGUAAAUCUAUCAUGGAUCCUAAUCAGAACGUGAAAUGCAAGAUAGUUGUAGUGGGCGACAGCCAGUGUGGGAAAACAGCGUUGCUUCACGUCUUCGCAAAGGACUGCUUCCCUGAAAACUACGUCCCUACGGUGUUUGAGAAUUACACAGCCAGUUUUGAAAUCGACACACAAAGAAUAGAGUUGAGCCUGUGGGACACUUCAGGUUCUCCUUACUACGACAACGUCCGCCCCCUCUCUUACCCAGAUUCUGAUGCUGUGCUCAUUUGCUUUGACAUCAGUAGACCAGAGACUCUGGACAGUGUCUUAAAAAAGUGGAAAGGUGAAAUCCAAGAGUUUUGUCCCAAUACCAAGAUGCUGUUGGUUGGCUGCAAGUCUGAUCUCCGGACAGAUGUCAGUACAUUGGUGGAGCUCUCAAAUCACAGGCAGACUCCUGUGUCAUAUGAUCAGGGGGCAAAUAUGGCCAAGCAGAUCGGAGCAGCCACUUACAUCGAGUGCUCAGCCUUACAGUCUGAAAACAGCGUCAGAGACAUUUUUCACGUCGCCACCUUGGCGUGUGUAAAUAAGGCAAAUAAAAACGUUAAGCGGAACAAAUCACAGAGGGCCACAAAGCGGAUUUCACACAUGCCUAGCCGACCAGAACUCUCAGCGGUUGCUACGGACUUAAGAAAAGACAAAGCGAAGAGCUGCACUGUGAUGUGAGGCUUCACUGUCUUUGAGGAUGCAGGAAUCUGGUGUUAGGAAAAAGAAAAAGAAAA